AUGUGGGAUGAGGAGACUCACCUUAAUAAAAUAAAGGCUUCUAGGAAAAUUUGGCUUAACUUAAAGGUUAAGGAGAAUAUGUUGAUUCAAAAGUCUAGGCUAAAGUGGUUAAAUGAUGGAGACUUCAAUAGUAGAUAUUUUCAUCGUGUUAUGAGGGAAAGAAGGAGUAAGAAUUAUAUUGGCUCUUUGAAUACUCCGAAUGGUAUGGUUACCGCGGUGGGAGAUGUUAAGGAUGCGGUUAGAGGGCAUUUUGGUCUUAAAUUUAAGGAGGAGUGCAUUGAUAGGCCUUUAGUGGACGACGUCUUUGUGCAAUCGUUGAGUUUGGAAGAUAGUUUAUCUUUAGAGGUCCCUUUUUCGAUGGAGGAGAUUAAAGAGGCGGUGUGGAGUUGUGAUGGUUCUAAAAGUAUGGGCCCGGAUGGUAUUUCUCUCCUUUUUUUCAAGAAGUGUUGGUCUUUUGUUAAAGAGGAUGUGGUUUCUUGUUUUAAUUCUUUUUAUUCCGGAACUGUUUUUUCUAAGGCAAUUACCUCCUCUUUCCUAACGCUUGUUCCUAAAAAAGACAAUCCGGUAGACCUUGAUGAUUUUAAACAGGAAUAA